UGGCUGGUAAAGCUCCUAAAUAUUCUGAGGUCACAUAAGGCGUUUUAAAUUCAGGGUAUGAGCGAGCAGAGAGAGAGCAGAGCAAAUAGGGUAGGGCAAUGGAUGACUGUGUCCACAGACUCAGCUUCCUGGAAUGUUGUACACUCCUCCCUGUACCCUUGGUUAAGGGUUGGGGUGCCUGUUGUAUCCUCCCUUCUUCAUUGCCAUGGCAUGUAAUUUGGCAAUUGAAAAUCUACACUCUGAAACCUGGAUAUGUCUAUAGUUAGGAGGCGCUGGGAAGGGAACACUUCCUGGGAAAGCAAAAAAAAAAAAAAAAGAAAAAAAAAAAGGUCAGCAAAAUUGCAGGAGGCCAAAACCUUUCUGAGAACAGCUAAUGAGGAUAAAAAUAUGGACUUUGUUCUUUACUGUGUGUGUGUUUAUUCGCUUAAUGCUUUUUUUUCUUUUUUACUUUUUUUCACACACAGCGAAAAUGUCCUCAGUCAGAUAUCAAAGAAUAUAAUUAUUUAUAUUUCAGAGUAAUUUGGUCUUCUGAAAAUAAUCCAAGCCACUUGAAAAACUGUGUUCUGGACCACCCUGGCAUGGUUUGAACGUCAUCAUCAAUGGGAGACUGAGGACGUUUCAGGCCCUUAGAGAAAUUAUCCCUGAAAGGUGAACAACAUUAACAGAAGCUGCAUCAUCUAUGGCUCCCUGAAGAAAUUGCCUCCUCCUGAAUCAAAAGUGCCUCACUUUGACCUGCAUUUUGUAAGCCAGAAACAGGUUUGGACCCCGUGGAGGGACAAAGUGUCCGUGGACACAUCAUGCAUGCCCAGCUGGUCUGUACUCUGCCAUUUUCCUGGCUGUUGACACCCAAGACACUGAUGUGACACGCUUCCAGACUUACCAUGCUGAAGUCACUGUGACUAAGGAAAAAAAAAAACGAAAAAAACAAAACACAAAACAGAGUCAAUGAGAAAAAGGCUUGCCAGACUUCACAGAGCUCUUUCCAAGCCCUUCACCUUCAAGGACUUUCCUCUGUCUCUGUAUGAGCAAUGAUGUGUGUAUUUGUCCAUGAAGAACACAGGCAAAUUCUCCAUAUUGGAAUUAUGUUAAUAACAUAGAUCCCGUGGGUCCUGAAUUACAAAUGGAGGACUGCAGGCAUAGCCAACAGAAAUGAAGCAUGGAUUGAAAAGUCAUAAUGAGUGAUUUUGAGAGUCAUGAAGUUAUACGACAAUUACAAAUAUCAGUGUCAUCACUUUCAACAUACCCUUGUGAAAGAAAAACAUAUUACAUAAAAGAAAGUGUAUGCACUCAGAAUUAUGUCAAACCUUUGAAAACAUUGGGGUACACAUGAACACGGCUGGCACAGCCGUUGUUGUGCAUUAGACAUAUGUUAAUAAUUUAAACAUAGUUAGAAGCAAUUAACCAAUGGAAAUACAAUGUUUUUUGUGUAUCACCACGAUGCCAGGAAUUUAACAUGAAGCAAACACUAGAGAGAAGCUAAAGGGUGAAUGGGAAACAAACACUGGAAACACUUGGAUAGAAAAUAAAAGGUCUUCACUUCAUUGCUCAAAAAGUUCAGUGGAGAUUCACCACUGAUACAAUACUCUGAGAAGCAGACGUGGCCAGCUUUGAGAAAAACAUUUGCUUCUUAUCUGAAGUAUACACUUAGGCAUGAUAUUCCUCAUGCAUCAUGGUAUACAAGAUAUACUACACUAAGGUCGUGCAGCUGACCGAAGAGUUCUUACGUUUAUCAAAUAAGUCUAAGUAUAUCGAAUGCCUCAAUGGAACAUCAGAAGUGAAAGGAUAUGGUCAGCAUGGCCAACACAACAUUGUCGAAAAGACUGUCCCAGUGCAAAGACACUGCCGCAGAAUCAGGGCAAGGGGAAAAAAUAAAAAAUAAAAAGGGUUUCGGCAUUCACCCCACGACCGCAGGGGAACAUGCAGGGAUAAAGCGGUUCGGGGAAACCGAAAGGCUGGGGUAGGGCGAGCGAGGCGGGGGGGACGGAGACGGAUGCGGGGCCGGGCGCGGAGAGAGCAGCGGGGGCCCCGGGGAGGCGCCCGCGAGAGGCCAGAGGGGCGGAGGCGCAGGCCCGGCCCCGCCCGCCGUGUCCGCCCCUGCUCUCAACCAGGUCGGACCGCUCCACAUAAAAACUCCCGCGCGGACCGCGCUGCCUUACAGCAGCAGUGCUGAGAGCAGCAGUAGCAGCAGCGUUAUCAUGUCCGGCCGGGGCAAGGGCGGCAAGGGGCUCGGCAAGGGCGGCGCCAAGCGCCACCGCAAGGUGCUGCGCGACAACAUCCAGGGCAUCACCAAGCCCGCCAUCCGCCGCCUGGCUCGGCGCGGCGGCGUCAAGCGCAUCUCGGGCCUCAUCUACGAGGAGACGCGCGGCGUGCUCAAGGUCUUUCUGGAGAACGUGAUCCGCGACGCCGUCACCUACACGGAGCACGCCAAGAGGAAGACGGUCACGGCCAUGGACGUGGUCUACGCCCUCAAGCGCCAAGGUCGCACCCUGUACGGCUUCGGCGGCUAAACUCUGCGCUCCACCCGGAUCACCGCGACAAAGACACAAAGGCUCUUUUAAGAGCCACCCACUUUGUCUUUCAAAAGAGCUGCGUUGCUGUACUAGCGCUUCGUCUAUAAGCGCUUUGGUUUCCAGUAUUCUCCCUCCCAUGACAACUGCUUUACUUAGCCCCGUGUGUUUCAGCUCCGGUAAGCCCCGCUGCGGCCCCUGAGCAGCCCUUAACCCACCACAACCCAGACAGGUGAAAACCAUAGUUUUCGGAAAACCUCGCUAGCCUAACCUCUCGACCAGGCGCCGCAGCUUUGUUCCCUUUACUCUCGGAAAGGGAUCGCUGCACGGCUAAGGGGAAAGCCCUGGAGAGAA